AUGGCUCCUAAAGGUGGCAAAGGCGGCGGCUCCAGCUCGGGUGGCGGGUCCUCAAAGGGCGGCUUCAGCAGCUGCCCGUCCUCCCAUUUUCAAGAUGGCUAUGUCCUUUCCACCAUCAUUGUUCCUGCCAUCUGGACUGUUGUCUACCUAAUAACCUUCAGUAUAUGGGUGGUAAAGAAGAAGCGGAGCGCUAAGGUCCGGGAGAUAUUACCAUGGAGCUCGUACGGGCUGGCUUUACUUUUGGUUUUAACAGCCACGAUCCUCCACUUGAGCCACUCUGUUCUUAUAGCGUGCUCAACAAGCGCGUACGCUUCCCAUGACUUGUUGAUUGCCGAAUUCGUCAUUCGCGAGAUUGCGGUUCAGAUGAUCAUCUCGAUUAUUCUGAUCCCGCUCGCCCUGUCUCUCGUCACCCAUUCCGGCAUGUCGAUCCGACUCCCAAAAAUCAUUCUCUACACGACCCUAGCCAUCCUGAGCGUGAUCUUCCUUGCGCAACUCAUCCUCGCCUGCAUCAAUGCUGUCGGCAAUGGGAAUGUCCGGUCCGCGCUUGACAUGGAUGCCGCGUAUGAUUGCCUGUUUCUCGUCGCGGCUGUCGUGGUGGGUGCCAUUAUGUUCAUCGCGGUGAUCAAAGCGAAGCGGAACGGAGUCGGCACGUCAGGGCUCAUGGCCAGUCUCAUCGCCCUAUUCCUGUUCCUCGCCGGUUUCUCCCUGCUCAACGUGGUCGAUGACGCUGCAUAUUCUCUCCAGGGCAAAAGUGUUCGCUCUCUUUCCAUAAGCGUCGUCACGGACGUUCUUUACUAUACCUUCCUCACGGGUGUAUUCAUCUCAGUCAUCUUCGUCGGCAGCAACAAGGCCCUCGGAGGGUACUCCUCGGUCAACCCGACCGACCUCAACAACCUCGCCCCUCUCGGUAAAACAACUUCUCCCCGAGCCUCCACCUUCGUGUCGGGUCCGCAAACGUCCCAGCCACAACCUUCCUAUGGCUGGAAUCCCCCCGCCGAGAACCCGUCGACCUACCCCUUCACUGCUCCUUCUCCAACGGCCCUAGAGAAUCAGGGGAUUAUGAAUGGCCAUGAACAGCAGCAGAUAGAUCAGCAGACCGCAUACGUCCCACCGCACAUGCAAGGUACGCAGCUACAUCAAUUUCCGCCGGGGCAGCAACCAUGGGGAAUACCAGCGACGACGCCGCCGCCGCCGCAGUACAUGCAACAGUGGACAGUGCCGCAGCCGUUGCAGGCUCCGCAAGGACAGUACCCACCACCGCGGUAA